AUGGAUACCAAAGUGAUCUGUUUAUUUUUCUUUUUUUCUUUGCCUCCACUGACAGUGGGAAAUCACACUGGUCGCAUCAAGGUGGUCUUUACACCCAGCAUCUGUAAAGUGACUUGUACCAAAGGCAACUGUCAGAACAACUGUGAGAAGGGAAAUACCACCACCCUCAUCAGUGAAAACGGCCACGCUGCUGACACACUGACAGCCACGAACUUCCGAGUAGUUAUUUGCCACCUUCCAUGCAUGAAUGGAGGCCAGUGCAGCUCUAGAGAUAAAUGCCAGUGCCCUCCGAAUUACACCGGUAAACUUUGUCAGAUCCCUGUGCAGACUGCAAGCACUCCAAAACUGUACCAUCACCCGCAGCAGGUGAACAAGGCUGUAGGAUCCCAAAUUGUCCACUCUACUCAUACUUUACCACUGACGAUGUCUGGACAGCAAGGUGUAAAAGUGAAGUUCCCUCCUAACAUAGUGAAUAUCCAUGUGAAACAUCCCCCUGAAGCCUCAGUUCAGAUCCAUCAAGUUUCAAGAAUUGACAGCACAUCAACAGGACAAAAAGCGAAAGUACCUCAGCCAGUACCUCCACAGGUCUCUUACCAAGGUCUUCCGUAUCAGAAGACCCAGAAAGGACAUACUACUUACACAAAUCAACAACCCAUUCCUCAUAUGUUUCCUGUUUCAGUUAAAACUCAGCUUGGGCGCUGCUUCCAGGAGACUAUUGGGACACAGUGUGGCAAAGCCCUUCCUGGCCUUUCCAAGCAAGAAGACUGCUGUGGGACCGUGGGCACUUCCUGGGGUUUUAACAAAUGCCAGAAAUGUCCCAAGAAGCCAUCUUACCAUGGAUACAGUCCUGUGAUGGAAUGCCCACAAGGCUACAAGAGGAUCAAUGCUACGUUUUGUCAAGAUAUCAAUGAGUGUCAGUUACAGGGAGUAUGUCCGAAUGGUGAGUGCCUGAAUACCAUGGGCAGCUACAGAUGUACCUGCAAAAUAGGAUUCGUGCCAGAUCCUACCCUCUCAAGAUGCAUUCCCGAUAGUCCUAUAGUUGCUGAAGAGAAAGGACCCUGCUACCGGUUUGUUAGUGCAGCAAAGCAAUGCAUGCAUCCUCUUUCUGUCCAGCUCAGCAAGCAGCUCUGCUGUUGCAGUGUGGGCAAAGCCUGGGGCCCACACUGUGAGAAGUGUCCGCUUCCAGGAACAGCUGCUUUUAAGGAAAUCUGCCCUGGUGGAAUGGGUUAUACGGUUUCUGGCCCUCACAGAAACAAGCUAUAUCAUCACCCUGCAGUUAGAGUACAGCCACCUGCCAUUGGCAAGACCCCGAUUACUCAACCUGUUGCUAAAGGUACUUCUCCUCCACCUCUCCCAGCAAAGGAAGAGCCAGUGGAGGCACUGACCUUCUCACAGAAAAGUGAGACUGAGAUGGCUGUGCAAGAAGUGGCAACUGCAGCCCCUGAUCAGGAAUUAGCCUCCCUUGAUCAAGAAAAGCAGCCUGAUCUAGAGCCUGGUCAGCCUCAGCUUUCUCCUGGAAUUUCAACAAUUAACCUGCAUCCACAGUUUCCAGUAGUGAUUGAGAAAACAUCUCCUCCUCUGCCUGUUGAAGUUGCUCCUGAAGUCUCUACUUCGAGUGCAAGUCAAGUAAUUGCACCUACUCAAGUUACAGAAAUCAACGAAUGUACAGUUAAUCCUGAUAUCUGUGGAGCAGGACACUGUGUUAAUUUGCCGGUGGGAUACACUUGCAUCUGCUACGAGGGGUACAGACUCAACGAUCAGCAGACAAAGUGCUCUGAUAUUGAUGAGUGUAAUCAGGCACCCCAUCUCUGUUCCCUUGGACGCUGUGAAAAUACAGAAGGAAGUUUCCUGUGUAUUUGCCAAGCUGGAUUCAUGGCCAGUGAAGAUGGAACCGACUGUGUUGAUUUUGAUGAAUGUUCAAGACCACAUACUUGUGGGGAAGGCUUUUGUGUAAAUACUGUUGGCUCAUACAGAUGUGAAUAUUGUGACAGUGGAUACCAAAUGAACAGGAGAGGUGAAUGUGAAGACGUCAAUGAAUGCCUGACUCCAACUACUUGUCCGGACGCGCAGUGCAUCAAUGCUCCUGGCUCCUACCAGUGCGUUCCUUGCAGAGUGGGAUUCAGAGGCUGGAAUGGACAGUGCCACGGUAGGUGCAGUUCUCUUUGUGUCUCUAGUUAUAGUUCUUGUUCUGAGAUGCCUGAUUAUAACCAUGCCUAUGAUGUAGAUGAAUGUCAGUAUGGCAAUCUCUGCACUAAUGGACGUUGUGAAAAUACAGAGGGGUCUUUCAGAUGUAUUUGUGGCCAAGGUUUCAAACUCUCUGCAUCAGAGGAUCAGUGUGAAGAUGUAGAUGAAUGCCAGCAGCGGCCCCGCUGUGCGAACGGGCGCUGCAGGAACACGGAAGGAUCGUUCAGGUGUAUCUGUAGCCACGGCUACACAUUAUCCUCUGCUGGAGACCAGUGUGAAGAUAUUGAUGAAUGCCUUCAAGACAGAGGUAUUUGCCUCGGAGGAAGCUGCAUGAAUACUGACGGGUCUUACAAAUGCACUUGUCCAGAAGGUUUCCAGCAGAUAGCGAAUAGGGGAUGUCAAGAUAUCAAUGAAUGCGAGAGAUCUGACCUCUGUUCCCCUCACGGGGAGUGUCUAAACACGGACGGUUCCUACCAGUGCAUCUGUGAGCGGGGCUUUUCUGUGUCUGCAGACGGCCGGACCUGUGAAGAUGUUGACGAAUGUGCGAACGGCACCAUGUGUGGCAGUCACGGGUUCUGUGAAAAUAUGGAUGGCUCCUACCGCUGCCUCUGCUACCAGGGGUAUCAGGACCCGCAGGACGGGCAGGGGUGCACGGAUGUGAACGAAUGUGAAAUGCUGAGUGGAGUCUGUGGUGAAGCCCUCUGUGAAAAUGUCGAUGGUUCUUUCCUGUGCCUGUGCUCCGAUGAGAACCAGGAGUAUGAUCCGAUGACCGGACAGUGUCGCUUCCGCACCUCACCAGAAUUACCGAUCGAGGGUGACCAGCACGAAGAUGGAAAGAAGGAGUGCUACUACAAUCUGAACGAUGCGAAUUUCUGUGACAAUGUGCUUACGUCCAAUGUCACCAAACAAGAAUGCUGCUGCACCUUGGGUGCUGGCUGGGGUGACAACUGUGAAAUCUUCCCAUGCCCUGUCUUUGGAACUGCUGAAUUUACUGAUUUGUGCCCUGAAGGAAAAGGUUUCAUUCCCUCAGGAGAAUCAUCUUAUGGGCUUCUUGCUCAGAAUUACAAAGAUGCUGAUGAAUGCCAACUCUUCGGACAAGAAAUCUGUAAAAAUGGCUUCUGUUUGAAUACACAGCCAGGUUACGAGUGCUACUGCAAACAGGGCACGUACUACGACCCUGUUAAGCUGCAGUGCUUUGACACGGAUGAAUGUCAGGACCCCAACAGCUGUAUUGAUGGCCAGUGCAUUAACACAGACGGAUCUUACAACUGUUUCUGUACACACCCCAUGGUUCUGGACGCAACAGAAAAGCGAUGCAUCAGACCAGCAGAUUCCAGUGAACAAACAGAAGAAACUGAGGUCUACCAGGAUCUUUGCUGGCAGCAUCUAAGUGAUGAUUUUGUUUGUAGUCGACCCCUGGUUGGAAAGCAGACCACAUACACCGAGUGCUGUUGCCUGUACGGUGAGGCCUGGGGCAUGCAGUGCGCCCUGUGUCCCAUGAAGGAGUCAGAGGAUUAUGCCCAGCUGUGCAACAUUCCUGUUCCAGGAUCUCGGCGGCCAUAUGGACAGGACGCUUUGGUUGACUUCGAGGAGCAUUACACUCCAGAAUCUAAUCCAUACUUUGUCGAAGACCGCUUCUUGAACAGCUUUGAGGAGUUACAAGCAGAGGAGUGUGGUAUUCUGAACGGAUGUGAAAAUGGCCGAUGCGUCAGAGUCCAGGAAGGCUACACCUGUGACUGCUUUGACGGUUAUCACCUGGACAUGGCCAAAAUGACGUGUGUGGAUGUGAACGAGUGCAGUGAGCUGAACAACAGGAUGUCUCUCUGCAAGAACGCCAAGUGCAUUAACACGGAAGGUUCGUACAAGUGUUUGUGUCUACCGGGGUACGUCCCUUCAGACAAGCCAAACUACUGCACACCACUGAACUCAGAACUAGACAGUGAACUGGAGUAGAGGAAAACCUCCAUAUCCUAAGCCCAUAUACUCUGCACUGUAUAAAGAAAAGGAAGAAAAGUAUUUAACUUGAGAAGAGAAGGCACCGGAGUAGCAAAUGUAAGGGGAGAAAGCAUUAAAAUGUGUCAAAGGUGAGACAUGAUGGGCUGAUUGUGUAUCAGCUUCUCAGAAGUGACAGACCAAAUGGACACAUUAAUCUCUAUGAAAGGAACAAUCAAGUCUAUAGUGUGUUCAUAAGAAAAAAAAAAAUCUUUGAAGAGAAGCAAAAACAGUGCUGUUAUUUUAAACAGAAGAGCUUUGGUUUUUUGGUUUGUUGGUUUUUGUUUUUGUUUUUUUUUACUAUUGCUUGAUUAAUUUGGCAUUUAAAUAGUGAUGGAAAUAUUUUAUAUUACUAUGUCAUUUUUUGAUUGUUCAGUUCCUUGCCUACUGUUUCUUUUCAGACCUUUUUUCUGAGCAAUACAAAUUCUAUGAUACAGAUAUUCUUAGGCCAUUUUAUAAGAACUGUUACACAGGGUAAUGUUCCUUCUCUGGAACAUUGGUCAGUGACUUUUUUUUAAUUCGCUAGUUGUCUGCCCUGUGGAGCAGGCACCAUUUGUUUUCAAAUGUUUAUAUACCUUGGCGAAAAGUCCUUAUAUUCAUUUUGUAUUCUGUAUGGUUGUUACUGCACUUAAAAGUCUUUAGAACCUUUCUUGCCAAGUUCAAAGCUGCUAGUGGACAACAUUGGAUUCCUUUUGUACAUUAAAACAAAAGAUUUUAGCUCACGUCUGUAUUGUGAUGUGUAAAUUGAACACAAGAGAGAUCUUGUAUGAUUACCUUAACAUAUUAAAGCUGUAUAUUAAAACUCAAUAAAAUCACCUUUUUUUUUAGAAAAA